AGGUGGAUGAGAAGGUGCUGCACGCCGCCUUCAUCCCCUUCGGGGACAUCACGGACAUCCAGAUCCCGCUGGACUACGAGACGGAAAAGCACCGGGGAUUUGCCUUCAUUGAGUUCGAGCUGGCGGAGGAUGCAGCAGCAGCUAUUGACAACAUGAAUGAAUCUGAGCUCUUUGGCAGGACAAUUCGUGUGAACUUGGCCAAACCAAUGCGAAUUAAAGAAGGAUCAUCCAGGCCUGUCUGGUCAGAUGAUGAGUGGCUGAAGAAGUUUUCGGGGAAGACUCUGGAGGAGAACACAGAGGAGGCAGGAGAAGAGGCCCCCAAACCAGAGGUGCAGGAGGGUGAGCCUCCCACCAAGAAAUCCCGGGUUAACCCUCAGGUUUACAUGGACAUCAAGAUUGGGAACAAACCCGCAGGGCGGCUGCAGAUCCUCCUGCGCUCAGACGUGGUGCCCAUGACCGUAGAGAAUUUCCGCUGCCUCUGCACCCAUGAGAAAGGCUUUGGCUUCAAAGGGAGCAGCUUCCACCGCAUCAUCCCCCAGUUCAUGUGCCAGGCCGGCGACUUCACCAACCACAAUGGCACGGGAGGAAAAUCCAUCUAUGGGAAGAAGUUUGAUGAUGAAAACUUCAUUCUCAAACACACGGGGCCAGGGCUCUUAUCGAUGGCAAACUCUGGCCCAAACACCAACGGCUCCCAGUUCUUCAUCACUUGUGAUAAAACAGACUGGCUGGACGGGAAGCACGUGGUGUUCGGGGAGGUGACGGAGGGCAUGGAUGUGGUGCGACAGAUCGAGGCUCAGGGCACCAAAGACGGGAAACCGAAGCAGAAGGUGAUUAUCUCGGACUGCGGGGAGUGCCCGUGAGCUCAGCUCU